GCAUUGAUGUGGUGGAGACGCUAUCCCUGCUGCUGAGAUGAAAUGUUUGUCCUCUUGUCAUAAUGCGGCCUUUGUUGUUGUUUAUAAACAUAUAAUGUAUUAAAAUAUUUCUCCUGGCAGCAAAGAUAGUUUAUCUGCUAUGAAGUUAACACGGAAACAGGUUCUGGCCAAAGCUAAGGCCUCCGACCUGGACAGCGUGAAGAAACUGAACUGCUGGGGAUGCAACCUGACUGAUAUUUCUAUCUUCUCUCAAAUAGCCAACAUUGAGGUGCUGAUACUGAGUGUGAACAGCAUCUCGUCUCUGUCCCCUCUGUCCGGCUGUCUGUCUCUGUGUGAGCUCUACCUGAGGAGGAACAGCAUCCCGUCCCUCUCUGAGCUGUCUCACCUGCGUCCCCUGACUCGUCUCCGAGUGCUCUGGUUGGCUGAGAACCCUUGUUGUGGAGCCGGUUCUAGUCAGUACCGCCUCACCGUGCUGCGCUGCCUGCCCCGCCUGCAGAAGCUCGACAACCAAGUGGUGACGGAGGAUGAGCUGGCUCUGGCUCUGGUGGAGGGUGAGGAGGUCUCCACACCUCCAGGCAGCCUCCAACAGCAGCUUCCUACCAACGGACGUCCAGACGGAGAGACAGAGAACCAGCCUCUCAACGACAACAUGGAGGAGAACAGGGAAGAGUCGGGGAUGAAAGCCUCCUCCAGAGACAAGUUCCCUCAUUCUUCUUCUUCAAUGAGAGAAAACAGACCAGCAAUGAACAAGACUCACAGCCUGGAAGCCGUUCUGCUGCUGCUGAAGGAUCUGAAUGAAGGAGAGCUUCACAUUGUUCACACAGCGACUCAGAACAGACUCCAGACUUUCACACUGGACUCUGAAACCAUGACAGACUCACUGCAGACACACAAAACUGCCGACAUCCAACACUGAAACAUUUCCCAGCAUGCACUCAGGGCCAAACCUUUCCCCCUCUUCCAUAUUUAACCAAAAGCUGACACCUUCUGACUGUAACAUGCAUGGCACGUGAUGUUUCACUGACCUUUUCUCCUUUCUGUCACAGUUUUUACAUGUGGAGGUGCUGAACCACCUCCUCAGGCUUUACAUCAGCAUGCUCGCUGCCUUGUGACAACAGAAGAAUGUACGUUUUGCUAACUGUAAAUCUAUUUCUGUAAUUAAAGAGAACAACUUGCAAUAA